UAUGAUGUGUAAGGUUGCAGAGAUAUGAUUUAUACUGUAGCACAGUUAUGAUGUCUAAGUUAGCAAAACCAUCAUGCUAGCUCAUUCUUCCAACACAAUGAACGUACAUCAACCAGAUCUAUAGGUAAACACAUGAGUCAUCAACAGGAAAACCCGGAAUUCUGUCUGUACAGGAAGGGAUAUCGAUGCCAGUCUACCCUGCUACGUCUCCUUGAGGAUUGGCGAAGGGCCAUGGAUGAGAGCAAGUUUGUAGGUGCUAUCCUCAUGGAUCUCUCCAAGGCCUUCGACUGUAUUCCUAACGGGCUGCUGCUCGAGAAGCUGACUGCUUAUGGGUUGGACGAGGCCGCAGUCGGUCUCAUUAGUAGCUAUAUAUAUAUCUCGGGGGCAGAUUUCAGCGGACUAGCUAUAUAUAGGCUGGGGUCCAAUGUCUCUGACUGGGAGCAGUUGGAGAGGGAGUACCUCAGGGAUCGAAUCCUGACAAAUUUCAGGCUAUAUCCAUUGGGAAGAAAACUCACAAUAUUAUAUCUUCCUAUACUAUUAAAGACCAUGUUGUAAA